CUCCUCUCUGUAUGCGUGGAUCGAUUCUACACUAUCGUCUACCCCCUGAGCUUCAAGGUGUCGCGGGAGAAAGCCAAGAAAAUGAUUCUGGCCUCUUGGCUAUUUGACGCUGUACUUGCAUCACCGGCUUUCUUUUUCUAUGGCUCCAACAGCGACGACCACUGCAACUUUUUUCUCCCCGAUUCUCGGGAAGGAGCCGCCUACGGAAUCAUCCACCUCUUGGUGGUGGUUCUGGUCCCAUCCGUCCUCAUUAUGCUCUUCUACCAGAAGGUCGUCGAGCACAUUUGGAGAACAGGCACCGAUGGCAGGACCGUCAGGAGGACAGUGAAUAUCGUCCCAAGAACAAAAGUGAAAACCAUCAAGAUGUUCUUAAUGUUAAACUCGGUGUUUCUCCUCUCCUGGCUCCCUUUUCACGUGGUGCAGCUCUGGCACCCGCAGGAAACAGACUACAGAAAGAGCUCCCUGCUUUUCCUGGCCAUCACCUGGAUCUCUUUCAGUUCUGCAGCCUCUAAGCCAACCCUCUACUCCGUCUAUAACGCAAACUUCAGAAGAGGGGUGAAAGAAACUUUCUGCAUGUCCGCCAUGAAAGGCUAC